AUGUCAUAUUACAAGAGUAAAUAUAUUCAAGUUAAGAAUUAUUCAAAUAAAUUAUAUUUGGAUGAACCAUCUACAAAAAAAGAAUUAUAUGCUGAUGAAUCAUUUGGUUUUGGUUCAAUGCAAGGAUGGAGAAAAUCCAAUGAAGAUUGUCAUAAAGAUUUAAUGCCAUUAGAUAAUUAUUUAUGGAAUAAUUGGGCUUUUUUUUCAAUAUUUGAUGGUCAUAAUGGGAUUGAAACAGCAAUAAAUGCUGCUCAUCUUCUUCAUAAAUUUAUUUUGAAAUCUUUUUAUGAAAAUCAAUAUGAUAUUGAUACUGAUACGGAUACUGAUCAAUUUAAUAAUAUUAUUAUAAAUACUUUUAUUCAAUUGGAUAAGAAUUUACGCGACAUAGUUAAAGAUGAUAGUGGUUCUGUUUGUAUAACUGCGUUAAUUAGUCCAAAAAAAAUAUAUUUAAUUAAUGUUGGAGAUUCUCGUGGAAUAAUAAUAUCAAAGGAUGGAGAAGUUUUAGCAUCUACAAAAGAUCAUAAACCAAAUGUUCGAAAAGAAGAAGAACGUAUUCUUAGAGCAGGAGGUAAAAUAACAAAAAGUGUUAAUGAUGUAUUACGUGUUGAAAAUCGACUUGCUAUGAGUCGAUCAUUAGGAGAUUAUUCAUUAGAUAAAGAUAUUAUAUUAUCUAUACCUGAUAUAAUUGAAUAUCCAAGAAAUUCAUUAUCAUCAUAUAUUAUUAUUGCUUCUGAUGGUAUUUGGGAUGUUAUGAAUAAUGAACAAGUUGCUUCAUUUGUUUCUCAACGUGCAUCAAAUAUAACAUUUGAUUAUAUUAUAUCACAAUUAUUUGAUCAAUGUUUAAUAAAUCAAUCUUCGGAUAAUAUGACUGUUUAUAUUAUUAAAAUAGAUUAA